AUGGUUGUCCUCGCUGCUUCAAUAUGUACGCGAGGCGGGAAGCCACUCCUCUCCCGCUCAUUCAGAGAGAUUCCUAAAUCUCGCAUCGAGGCUCUCCUCGCGUCAUUCCCCAAGCUCGCCGACUCGUCAACGCAACACACAACCGUCGAGCAAGAGAAUGUCCGUUUUGUCUACCAGCCGCUCGACGAACUGUAUCUUGUCCUCAUUACAAACAAACAGUCCAACAUUCUCCAGGACAUUGACAGUCUACACUUGUUCGGCCAGGUCGUCACAUCCAUCUGCAAGAAACCCGACGAACGAGAAAUCCUCCGCAAUGCCUUUGAACUCCUCUCCGCCUUCGACGAACUCGUCACUAUGGGCUACAGGGAGAACCUCUCCCUGAGCCAAAUCAAGACCUUCCUAGAGAUGGAGUCCCACGAAGAGAGAAUCCAAGAAAUCAUCGCCCGCAACAAAGAGCUGGAAGCAUCCGAAGAGCGGAAGCGCAAGGCCAAACAACUUGAACUUCAGCGGAAGGAGGCUGCACGCUCUGCCGCGUACGGACGUGGAGUCGCGCCAAAAAUGCCUCAGCAGCCUGUCUAUACGCCUCCGGCCCGUCCAGAGUCCUCUUACGAUACCUACGAAGCCGAAAAGAACAAACUUGCCAGCAAGUUCGCCGCACGUUCCACAAAGGGUAUGCAACUGGGCAAGAAAUCCAAGACUUCAAAUGCCUUUGCGCAAGUUCAGCAGGAAAUAGCCACAGAAGAGUCUCCUGCAGCCGAGCCUUCAACGGAACUACCUGUCCGCGGGCUACCGACGGCGAACACUCACGACACUACCCUUUCGUCUCCUUCGACACCUAUUCUGAUCUCCAUUACCGAGACGCUGUCGGCCAAACUUUCCCGAGAAGGCGCCCUGAAGUCAAUGGAGGUCAAGGGGGAUCUACAACUGAGAAUUACAGAUUCAGCCUUGACCAAGCUCGCACUUUCUGUUCAAGCUGUCGAAGGACCUCUGAAAGCUCAAUUUCGCACACAUCCGAACGUGGACAAGAAUCUCUUCACCAGCCAAAAGCUCAUCCAGUUGAAAGACACCUCCAAACGAUUUCCCCCCAACAAUAGUAUCGGCGUGUUGAGAUGGCGCGCCACUGCCCCGGCAGACCACAACGCCGAUGUCCUUCCGUUGACAUUGACAGCUUGGGUGAAUAAAUCCUCGUCCGACGGCACCUAUACUGUCACAAUCGAAUACGAACUCACCAAUCCCUCCUCAACAACCCUCCGCGAUGUCACGCUUACAAUCCCCUACUCUUCAUCAGAACCCAGUGUCUCAUCUUUUGACGCCGUAUAUCAAGUCACAGGAGACUCGUUAGAAUGGACCAUAGGCUCAAUCGACGCCGAGAAUAGCUCGGGCAGUUUCGAGUUCGAGGCCCAGGCUGAUGACGAUGCGGAAUUCUUCCCCAUGACAGUGAAUUUUGAGAUGAGCAGGACGUUCGUGGAUGUGGAUGUGACGGGGGUGAGGCUGUUAGAGGGAGGGAUGGAUGAGGAAGUGAGCUUUGAAAAGAUUAUCAAGGCACGGAGCGAGGGAUUUGCCAUUGAAUGA